AUAAACUUUCAAUAGACGCCAGAAGCUUGCAGUGUCAAUAAGUUUCGUGGUCCAUGCCUGACUGAGUGGGUGGAGGAAGACGAGACAAGAUCACUGAAAUGUUUCAACAGAAACUGCACAGGGCGCCCCACAGGCAGGUGCAUUCGCUGGUUGGCUGGUCGGCUGGUCGGCUGACUGUUUGGCGGUAAAGUUUUUCCACCUACAGAUAGUUUAGCAUUAUGAUGCGACAGGGAGAAAACCGUCGUUCAAAAGGUCAGAAUCGUGAUACACAUUCCAGUGAUUCAUAGAUUAAUCAGAGUCUGUAGGUCUGCACACGUGUCAUGCAGAAAAUUAAAUUUUUCGCUCUCAAUCGCCGUUGUCCGUGCUCGCGGAAUUGUUUGUGCGUCUGUGGGGGUGGAUGUGUGUGUGUGGGUAUGUGUGGGUGUGUGUGUGGGUGUGGCUGUUUGUGUGUGUGAGGGUGUGUGUGUAGGUAUGUGUGGGUGUGGUUGUAGGGGUGUGUUUGUGGGUUUGUGGGUGUGUGAGGUGUAUGUGUAUGUGUGUGUUGACAGAGAAAGGGGAUGGUGUCAAUGUUUUCGAGCCAGCUGUUAAGUUAUAACAAAGACUAAGCAAACGACCCUAUAAACAGUUACCUCAAAAAAGAACAAGUCGCGUUGGGAGAGGAGAUCUGAACUCAGGACAGUCACACUAGUGUCUGAACUGCUGACUACAAAAGCACAAUGCUUACGUAGUGCCCAGCAGACGAUCACAAUGACCACGACCUGAGUAAACAAACGAUUUGUUUCUUCAUCUGAUGAUCGAAUCUUCAGAGUCAAUUAUAUAUCCCGGCUUCCCGACCACGGUGCGUGUGUAUAUAUGACAUAAUGGACUUUCACAUUUUUUUAUUUACUGCAGAUUUGUGAAUGUGUCGACAGUGUGACACAAUACGGGGCAGGGAGAUAACCGACAACUGGGUCAUGGAGGGGACGGGUGGUGAACUCUUGAUAAGACGGCUUUCGUCGAUCACUGCCUUCACAGUCUUGCGAAAUCCACUGUGUGCUCACCCGGGUUGUGCUCAUAAAGACCGGUUUGACUUAAACUCGCAGUGUUCAACAUUUAAAAGGGUUUUUGAGCAACUGAAAGCUGACAGAAGAAACGAUGGGACAUCGACUAUUGUGUUUGACUGCUUGGACCAUCGCAGUAGGUGUGCUCACAGGCUCUCUGUCAGGCUCAGAUUGCCAGUGUACCGGUAGUACCAGGCCUGUACAACUUGUCGGAAACUGGAAUAAAACUUACAUCAACUUUCAUUUUCUCCCGAGCAACACCAGUGACACCAACUGUCAGUGGAUCAUCAGCUCUAAGACCAUUGCCAGACUGCAGUUGAGGGCGGUGACUUUCAAGCUCAGAUCAGACAACGGGUCAUGUGUUGACAACUUUACAGUGUAUGAUGGUAACUCUUCUCACGCCCGUAUCUUGCUGUCGACCUGCUCUCCACCUUCUUUUCCAAUCAACAGCAGUGGACGUGAGGUGCUGCUGUCCUUCACUGCAGGAAACAAUGCGACUAGUGACAUUGGUUUCCUCAUUGAAUACGAGUCCUUCUGGUCUACAGACCGCUGUAACUCAGUGGUUCUAUUCAGUGUGAGUCGUGACCCGCAAUACCUGGAGUAUCCAGCAAACGACAGCUCCACCUCCAACUCCACCUCCCCUAGAUCUUUUUUCAGAAACGCUAGCUGUGGGUGGUUAUUUCAAGCUAGCAGUCCUGAUUACAUCAUAAAUAUUGACAUCAGGACCUAUCUCCUUGACACUAGCCGUUUCUAUAUUGAAGUGUUUGACAGCCCUUUUGAAGUAAACCUACUUGCCAGACUAAGGGGAGGUCCAACACAACAACAGUUGUUUAGUUCAGGACAGUAUUUGUACAUCUCAUUACUCAACAGUGGCUAUAUAGAUGUAAAGAGGUUAAAUCUCACCUCUCAAGAAGUUCAGCGAUCAACUGUAUUUCCUUGCAAUGCGUGUUCUUGCAGGGGUUCACUGACAGCUUCUCACCUUCACAAGUACUACUUAAGAUAUCCAGCAGACCAAACACGAUAUCCCAACAAUGUUGAUUGUUAUUGGCAUCUAACUAGCGCCUCCGACUACGUGAUUCACGUGACUUUCCUGUACAUCGACGUAGAAACUAGCCCUAGAUGUUCUAACGACUACGUUCAGGUGUUUGAUGGUUUGGGGUCGCCAAGCAACAGUCUUAGUGCAGUUUGUGGGGGUCGACAUGAGUUCUACAGUUCUGGUCAGAUCGUGUACAUCAAAUUUCACAGUGAUUCCAGUAUCACUGGACAAGGCUUCCUACUGUCCUACGAAGCGAUUCGUUCAUCAGAAGUGAUGCAAGACAUCGGUGGAAGGUGCUUAAGAAGAAUUGUGACUAAAACAGCGACAUCUACCCACAUUCUCUGGUGUACCCUUCUAACUCCUCCACUUAUGCUGAGUAAGGAACUCCAUUUUAUUUUGUACAUCAAGACCUUUCUCUACAUGAUAGUUAUCAGCAAUGCCGACUGUGACUGGCUCCUCCAAGCUCCUCUCUCAGACUACGUUGUGUACGUGAAUUUCACGUUCGUUGACAUCGAAGAAAGCGGCUCUUAUUGUACCAGUGACUAUGUUCAGGUGUUUGACGGGUCCAGCUCCUCUAGCGACAGCCUCGGCAAGUUGUGUGGCUCUAUCUUACAUGACUUUUACAGCUCGGGGCAGUCUAUGUACAUCAAGUUUCACAGUGAUUCUAGUAUAAUAAAAGGAGGAUUCCGACUGACCUACCAGGCGGUUUAUCGUUGGAAUGUUCCCACAACGACAGGUGGAGUGUGCUUACGUGGUGUGACCAAAACAGUGUCGUAUACCUCACAGUCUCUGGGGUACCCUCUAGGCCGCAACACUUAUGACAACAAUGUUAACUGUGAGUGGCUCCUCCAAGCGUCUAACGAAAAUUACGUUGUGUACGUGAAUUUCACGUUCGUCGACAUUGAAGGAAGCAGCUCUUCUUGUCCCAGUGACUAUGUACAGCUGUUUGACGGGUCCAGCUCCUCUGCCCUCAGCCUCGGCAAGUUGUGUGGGUCUAAGUCACGUGACUUUUACAGCUCGGGGCAGUCUGUGUUCAUCAUGUUUCACAGUGAUGGCAGUGUAACAAGAGGAGGAUUCCGACUGAACUACUACGAGGUUUUUAGUUGGAGUGUUCCCACAAAGCCAGCCAGUGGUUGUUCACGAAACACUCAGAUGCCGACUGCAUUGCUCUCCAGUGUAGAGACUUUGCAGUACCCUACUAACUACUUGAACUACCCAGAGAAUGCUGACUGUGGCUGGCUACUGAAAACUAACGAUGACGACUACGUUGUUCACGUGACUUUCACGUAUGUUAACACAGAGUAUAGCUACACUUGCAGCUUCGACUACAUUGAAAUCUUUGACGGGUCUAGUGAGUAUGCUAACAGCCUGGGCACACUGUGCGGGACUACGUCACGUGACUUUUACAGCUCGGGGCAGUCUGUGUUCAUCAAGUUUCACAGUGAUGGCAGUGGAAGCGGAGGUGGGUUCCGCCUGACGUACCAAGCCGUUGCUAGCUGGGAGGUGCCCAAAGCAGAUGAAGUCAGCCCUGCUGUUAUUGCUGGAGCAGUAGUUGGAAGUGUUGUCUUCCUCAUCGCUGUCAUCGUGGUCAUAGUGUCAUUCAGACGACGUCAACUGCAGCAGUCAGCAAGAAAUCGCCCCAUUAAUACCACCAACAACCAGUACAUUGCAUACUUCUAUCCUGGCAAUGGUUCCGCUCCAAACGUCGGUGUGCCCUCCGUCGGUUCCGGUCCUCCGCAUGUCAUGUCCGGCACUCCUCAUGUCCCUCCCUCUGUCAUCGUAGGCCCUCAUUCUCUCUCAUCAGGGCCUCCUCCCUAUCACCUUGUCAAUGGUCCUGUUUCAAACGUCGGUUCCGGUCCUUCACAUGUCACUUCCGGCACUCCUCAUGUCCCUCCCUCUGUCAUCGUAGGCCCUCAUUCUUUCUCAUCAGAGCCUCCUUCCUAUCAUCUUGUCAGCCAGUCCACGGGUGGGAGCUACCCUACUACUGAUGUCAGUGCUGUGCACUAUAUGAACAGUCCGUUGCAGCAAAACUCUCAGCAGCCGAUGACAAGAGGUCCAUCAUCUGGUGAGCCAUUGGCUAAUCAGGAUAAAAAUAGUCAGGAGAAACCGUCCAUCAGAUUGUAGCCGUCAGUCGACUACAGUACAGCUGUGAUGCAGACAAUCCGCCAUCGACUGUCAUAAUCGAGGCUCCGGCAAAAUGGUUUCCUCAACUAAAAAUAGUCUACUGACGUCAGCUUUUACGUUGUAUGUCGACUGACGUAAUCUGCUGAUCAAGUUACUCUACCGACGUCAACAUUUUCUUCUGAUGUCAAAGGAUGUGACUGAGAGAUGACGCAAAUCCAGGCAACCAAUCGUGCUGAGAAAUUUACUCACACUAGCUGACAAUGAAAAAUGUCGCCGCCAGUCACUACUAAUCAAGUAAACAAUACAUUUAUACUACGUCUUAAUUGACCUGCAGGUCACAAACAAGGCAGUUGCCUGUAGAGGCGUGGUUAUGUAUCAAUAAGCCUUUUAUUGUAAAAUAUCUAAACAUUGUAACUUUAGAAGCUUAUUUAAUAUAUUUAUUAUAACUAGUCAGCUGGAAAUAUAAAUAUGCAUAAUAAUCAAGUUUAUUUAUAUAUUUAUAAUAUGAUAAUAACCACACUGUGCAACUGUUAGGUACAAAUGUUAUGAUAAAAUCUCAUUUCUAAGCAUGCGGAAAUGUAGCUGUGCUUGAUUAUGACGAUAAUGACGAUGAUGAUUAUUAUGAUGAUGAUCAACCAAGAAGCGAGCUAAAUGCGCUAUUUAAAAAUGCUCACAACACAAAGAAAAAAAAAACGACAAAAUGAGGGUGGGAUUGUCACGUGAAUUGCGAGACACUGGAUGGUCAGAGUUGACGAGUCUGCCUUUCCUUGUUUACCAGUUCGGGUUAUUCAAAAACUAUAAUUCCGAUCUUCGUUACAUGAAAGCUAUGUCGUUAUAGCGACUCAAGUAAGUUGUGAACAGUGUUCACAUAGAAUGUAAACUACACCCUGCAGUCCACAUAUCAAAACUAUACAAGCAGGAAGACACAGCGAUCCACGCGAAGUUAUCUAUGUGUGUGUGUGUGUGAGAAUGUGUAGGUGCGUGUGUGUUAAAUGUCUGUUUGAGUAUGUAUGCCUGCCCGUCAUAUUAUAUAUGUUUGCUAGCAAAAGAAAAAUUCCUGUCUUGGGUUUUUCUCGACAGACAAUAAAGUUUGAUUUGAUUUGAUUUGAUUAACAACGCAGCCUUCAAAGAACACUUCCACAGAAGACACCGGAAUGACAAAUAAGCAUCAACACACAACACUUUGACAAAUCAACAAAAGUUAAAAGAAACUGAAGCCUGCUCUUCCUAGUCGACUAAUAAGUCUUUACGUCAGAGAGCCAACCAGACAGACAAGUCGCCUCUUUCCAAACACUCAGUGGCAGGCACGUCCACACACACACAUCUAGUCCAUUGCAAAGACGAAACAAGAAACCUGAGUAGAGCACCACCCUUCAGCAGGACAGACCAAGGGAGAUAACUCAAUAGUAGCUUACCAUAACUCCUGUGAAAGUGAGAACGAGACAGUGACCUUCACUGUCAAGGUUUUCUUUAGUUUUAGUGUUUUGCGAUAGAUAAUGUGAGUUGUUGUUUUGACUUCUCAAAGGUAUUGAACAUUAUGUGAGAAUUGCUUUGAUGUAUGUUGACAUUGUUGACAGUGGACAGUGAGUUACUCCGCAAACUCCUCUUGUCAUUGUCAUGAAACUUUUCUAGAUGAAGUGAGAUCUGAGCUGCUGUCCUACAACUUUAUAAAUUAUGUUGUAACCAAAGAGUGGUAGACAAUAAAAUGCUUUCCCUUU